AUUCUUGCCUAUGUAUCGAAACAUGGAGUCGGAAAUUGGACGUUGGUUCCUAAAAAAGCAGGACUCAACAGAUGUGGGAAGAGUUGCAGGCUUAGGUGGACUAAUUACCUGAGGCCUGACCUCAAGCAUGACAACUUCACUCCUCAAGAGGAAGAGCAUAUCAUUGACCUGCACAAGGCCAUAGGAAGCAGGUGGUCUCGCAUUGCAAAACGACUACCAGGAAGAACGGACAAUGAUGUCAAAAACUACUGGAACACCAAGCUCAAAAAGAAGCUUUCCAAGAUGGGAAUUGACCCUGUCACCCACAAACCCUACUCUCAGAUCCUCUCCGACUACGGAAACAUCAGCGGCCUCCCAAGCACUGACGGGAAUCAUCCGUUCUCGUCCCUUUUCAAGCAAUCGAAAAGUGCAUUCGCACCCGAAUUAAACUCUUCCUGCAUCACAGGAAUUCCAUACACCAAUGUGACCUUGAACCCUAAUAUUAAUGGACAAGGAUUUUCGCAACCAACUAACGCGUGCUGGGAGUCACACGAGGCUCAGAUUACGCCGUCCUCUUCUUCGUUCAAUUGGAGGGAGUAUCUUCUGUACGAUCCUUUUACAUCAGCUGAUCAUUUGAAGCAAGAACAAGAUUUGCAUGGGGUGAUGAUGUCAUCUCCAGAAAACCCUACAUUUGGAGUGCAAGGCAGCUCCGAUGCAAUUGAGGGAUGUGAUUUUGUAGGUCAAAGGAGCUAUGACUGGCCUGAUCACCAAGCUUCUUCAACUUCCAUGUGUUCGUUUGUGGAGACUAUCUUGGAUCAAGACAGUGAGAUGCAGGCAGCUUUUCCUCAACUUUUGGAUGCUUCUUUCGAUUAUUAAUUAGUUAAACUAUUUUUUGAUAUGAGGAUAUCCUAUAAACUAUUAUAAUUUAGAAGAAAAGGAUUCGAACUUGGAUGCAACGGACGAGCAUACUACCAUUAUACUGACAAUAACUCACAUCUGCAUUAAAGUA